AUGGACGACCCAGACAAUAUUAUACUGGUUGACGAUAAUGUCAGCAGUGCGAGUAGCGAUACACUCGACCAUGAAGCAAGAAGUGUUACAAUAGAGAACGAUUCUAGCUCUAGCAGCUCCUACUUUUUGCGCCAAUACACUCGUACAGCAACUCCUUUCACCUCGUUACCUCAGGAAGUUGUCGACCUUACAGAAUCAGACAUAUUUAAUGGCGAUUACAUUACAGAUGAGUGCCUUGAAGUGUUGCUUGAAAACGGGCUUCACUUACAACAUGCCCCUGGCUCUCCUGCUCGGUCAGAACCCUCUAACAGAAAGUAUCUGGAAGAGGCAAUUUCAGACGGGAUUGUUUAUAAGCCGGGCCAAUCAGUCGAACUUCAUGAUGAUACAUUUCUUCGCAUAUAUUCUAUAUGGGAGAAUGAGAAGGGUGAAAUCUAUUUCCAAGGUCGCCGACUACUUAAAGUCAAGGAUCAUAUUGGCACUUAUCUUCCCCAGUGGAAUAAUGAAUUGGUUUGGAUUGCGAAUGAAUCUGCUGAUAUCCCCUUGGAGCUUGUUCGACGCUUUAUUUCAAUUUGCUUUACAAACCACGGUCCAGAUCAGCAGAGGAUAGGUUCAAAAUACUUAGUCUGCCGCCUGAAAGAAAUUCUCCGCAAAGAAACUACAUCAGUCGAAUAUUUAACAUACGAGGAAGCAGACACCGGAUCCCGCACCCUUCCAGCAGAUUUGCGGCGCUCGUGGCGAGGAGGGACUCCUUUAUUUGGCAGUAAAGAAUAUCAAUCACCAGUUGUUAUACUGGAUGAUAUCGAAAAUCCCGAGCAGCAAGAUCUAAUAUGUCGAAAAUAUACCUUUGGUGACGGGUUUUGUGGUGCCGGAGGCGUUUCUUGUGGCGCUCAAACUGCCGGUUUACAUAUAAAAUGGGCAUUUGAUAAGUCACAGAAUGCUGCAGCAACAUACCGACUCAACUUCCCUACUGUUGAAUGCGAAAACAGUGAUAUAUUUAGCUUCCUGACUAACAACGAAGAUUAUCUUCGGGUAGAUAUUACCCAUGGCUCACCACCAUGCCAAACAUGGUCUCCAGCACAUACAAUAGCCGGGCCUAAUGAUGAUGCUAACUCAGCAUGCAUUUUUUCUUGUGGAGACCUUAUUCGCAAAGCAAAACCUAGAGUCCAUACGAUGGAGGAGACAAGCGGCCUCUGCGAGCGACACAAGGAAACCUUCUUUGGAGUGAUCCGUGACUUUAUUGAUAUUGGAUAUUCCGUUCGCUGGGCGGUUUUGAAAUGCAUGGACUAUGGUGUCCCCCAGAUACGAAAGAGGCUGGUUGUCAUUGCUUCUGGGCCGGGUGAAACCCUUCCAUUGCUACCACGAGCGACACACGGCCUGCCAGAUACUGGCUUGCGCGAGAUGGCAACGAUCAACCGGGUUAUUUCCAACAUUCCCGCUGGUGCUCCGGAUCACGAUGUGGAAAACGCAAGAGCCCUAAACAAAGUGCCUUACGAUGGAGACCGGCCCGCUAAGACCAUAACCUGCGGAGGCGGUGAUAACUAUCACCCAUCUGGAGAGCGUGGCUUCACAACUCGAGAGUAUGCGUGUUUACAGACGUUUCCGAUAAGCUUCCGCUUUCAACAGGAUGCACGACAGCAUAUUGGAAAUGCCGUUCCUCCUCUGUUCGCCAAGGCGGUUUAUGGCGAGAUUAUCAGAUCAUUGCAAGAGACAGACAAGCGAGAAUCUAGUCCGUGA